AAUAAAUCGCGGUUUACCGUCGGAUCGUGACCAUAAAAAAUUUGUGUUCUGCCGUGCCGCUAACUCAAAAAUCCGUCUCCAGCAGGCGACUUAAAGUCAAUAAACUCUAAGAGCCGGUGGAAAGAAAUAGUAGGGGUUAUUGUGUUAAAUUAAAUACAUCUGCUGUGUAGAAACUUUGGCAACUAGCCGUCUCCCACUCGCCACGCGAAGGAUUUCCUGGACUAAGAUUCCUUUUAAACACUACACUUUGUUUUCGUUCCGAGGAAGGAUAGGCACCGUGGAUUUUGUUUCCGUGUGUUAACUUCAAGCAACCCCCUAAGGAGUCACGGAGACCUAAGUGUCAGGUUUCACCACACCCACCCUGUACCAGAGGAAAGAGCAGUUCACAAGAUCGGCUGUACAAAUAUUGUAAAGUCCUUUCAGUCAACAAAAAAAUCCCGGCAGAGUCCGCUUCAACCCAACAGACGGCUGAAGAUCAAGAUAGAUUCCUACCUAUGAAGAAGAAUAAGCGGAAGAAAAAGAAGUUGUAGUCGUGACUUCGUGAAAAUAAACUUGAUUCUCUACGGAACUGGUAAAAAUGUUACUGUAGCAAGUAAUUUUUUUUAAUGACAUUAAUAAUACCACGGUUAGCUCAGUAAUGAAUGGAUGUUCAAUGACUCCUACCUUGCGAGAUGUUGGUUCUUUAUCCCGUGUUAAAAUCUGAAACACAAAAACCUAAUGCUCUGGGAUGAUCAGUCUCAAAUAAAUACUCGUAUAAAUUGACUAAUUUGAAUGUUCAACCUAAUGUUUAAUAUACUCGUAAUUAAUCAAACGCCUAUACAAAUUCCUAUUCCAAAACAAAUUUACACACCUCCUGGAUAGUAAAUAAAACAUUUAAAACCCACACAAAACAUUGGUAUUGCUGAACAGAAAUUACCACUAUCGUUCGUCUGGGUGCAAUUUUUAUUUUAAAAAAAUACACAGAUUUGUUCGCGGGAUAAACCCACGUAAAACGACCUCUUCAGGAAUAUAAAAAUGACGGCAAAUGCAAAUUCUUUAUACAAAAUCCCAAAAGAGUAACAGAAAAGAACUAUUUCUACGUAAUUACACCUACCUAUUGCAGUAAAUAAUUACUGGUUGUCAUAGUUCUGUAGCUAUGGUGACGGUACACAAUCAGACAUCUUCUUAAAGUCAGCAAAUCAAUUUUGUUUUUCAACAUAAACUUUUAUUAUGGAUUGCAAUAAAAUAGAAGAAGAUAAAGACAGUGUUGUAUCUGAUCGAUGCUGGGAAGAAAAACACAAAGGAGAUAGUAGAAAAUGGUUGAUAAGGGAUGGAUCAAGACGAAAUUCCAGUGGACAAGCAUCGGUAAUGAGAGCAGAUUAUAUAUUUCCUGAAAGUGAUGAACGGUACUUUAUAGGAAAGCGAAGAGCUAUGAUCAAACAAAAACUGUUUGAAGAAGUUGCAUACGAAAUUAUUGACGAAAGCAAAGUGCCACCUCCUGUAGAAGAAUAUUGUACAGAAUAUGAUACCCAAUUUCAUUAUCCUCAAUACGACUCUAAUAAAAAAGUGGAAAGAAACACAGAGCUAUUCCUCAAGUAUCCUUUGUAUUCAUCUGAAGCAGCAACUUUCUAUAAAUGUCAACUAAACAAAUGCCCAAGAGGUGAAGCAGCUAUUGACGGGUAUACAUCAUCUAAGACUCCAUUUCGGAAGUGUUCAGAAUUUACUAAGGAACAAUCCGGCGAUUUAAGUUUUUGACUAAGAACUACAGAAACUACAGCAGCCUUGUACUAAAAAUAAAUUAUUUGUCAUUU